AUGGCGAGCUUUGCCGCUAACCCGUCCAUUGUGUCGGUGCCAAGAGGCGCGUCCCCGACUUCAGCAAGCCGACAGCCACUGCAGCGCAUGCUGGAUCGGCGCAUGCUCUCUGUUUCCACCUUCGUGUCUUCGAAUGCCAGUGACACUCCUUUGGCAAGCCAGACAGCGCGCGAGUUCAGGCGGCCAAGAUCCACUUGGCCAGAUGUGAUGCCGGAGGCGAUUCUCUUCCCGGCCAACAAGCCGACCAGCCGCGCCGAUGCACAGGUCUUGGCCCGCUGGGUUUCCUCGUCCUUUCAGACCUAUGCCAAGAGGAGCAAGCAAGCGGACUCGAAGGAGAUCUGCGAAGAGGACUUGACGAAGAUGGUCCAGGAGUUGGUCCCAGUCCUCUCCAUCGGCCUCAACGAGGUCGUGCGCCAGGUGUCCCAGCACUGCCUCGAGCGGGGCGUCGUGCUCGAGAAGAUCUGGCGAACUUACGUUGAGCUUUUCGAGCAAGCUCUUGGCGAGUCACGAGAGGCCCUGCGGCGACAGAAGGACAAGACCGCGAAGGCCGAGGCAGAGCUGCAGCGGGUGCGCGACGAGGCCACGGAACUAAAGGCAAAGCACCCAGCGCAGCUGGACAAGCUUCGCCAGACACUAACCACGAAGUUUGACCAGCGUCAGAAUGAGCUGGUUCAGCAGUUGACGAGUACGCGCAGCGAGAACCGGGCAUUGAAGGUGCACUUGGAGGAGCAGCUGUCAAAGCAACACGCUUGGUUUCCGAUGUUUGCGAUCUACAAGGAAUCGCGGUAUCGAAGAGCACUGCUUGGAAAAGCGGUGGCUGAGCUGCCUAAAGCGGCAAGCGUAGAGGCGCGGCUGGCAUCCGACUUUCGCAGGACGGUGACUUUGGGGUGUUCUCACGGCGUAGCUCUGUUGCUCUCCAGGAUUCUCAGCUCUUUGCCAGCAGAUGUCCGCCGAAGAUCCUUGGCGAGCCAGAGUGGGCGCCGGGAUGUUUUAUUUAGCAGUUUCGCAGUUGGCCGAGCUUGGAGGAGCACUGCCCACUGCUGA